AUGGAAUUUUCCGAUCCAGAUUUGUGUCUUCCACAUUAUAGAUGAGGUGAUUACUGUUUCUUAACCAGUUCUGUUCUGCAGCUUCAGCCGACAUCAAUAGGCGCGGUCUGCUCUUUCUCUCUGCAUUUCCAUUCCCGUGCCCCCUCCCACUUCCCCACCCUCAUUUACUCUCAGUUCAGUGAGGACCUCAUUCACCAGUAGCUGCCCGCAGCACCACAUCUCUCCCAUCCUUUUUCCUUAUCCUCUGCCAUCCAAAACAGCAUUUUUUUAGUCUCCUUUACUUUCCUUACUGGUUUAUUUUGUUGAGGAUGCACGAGGCUUGAGAAUAAGAAGAAAGAAAGGUCUCUACGCUCUGUCUUUGAUAGGGAAGCUGAGAUGAAUCUUUAACCACAGUGGGACAAUUGAGGAGCAUCCCUCAUACAGGGAAACUGCAUCCUCUUGAGGAGCGAAAGAAAAUCCUGAGAGGGCGGCUUUUUCUCUGACGGAUGUUGUUCAGACCAGUGCUUUGUGGAGACAGACUAAAAAGACUGGCAGAGGGCAGCAACAGACGGAGUAUUGAGCAACCAAACCACAUGGGUUUGAGGAGGGUGGGGGUCCCAAGUCUACAAGUGGUUUCUGUUUUUUAAAACAAGGAGGAGAAAGGAGUUUUAUUUUUGCUCUAAAAUUAAAACAAAAUCUGCAAGAACACAGGAUUGAUUUUUUUUUUUUUCUUUUUGGUGAAAGACUGCAGAGAUUUGGGCAUCUCAUGUUCAAGUGACUGUGGAAUUACAAAUGGAAACUAAAGAGUCUAAAGCCCAGACUGACAGGUCAUAAAGACGCCAUUUGGGAACACCAGCUAAAGGGUUUUAGGUGUCAGCUGGACAGAAGUGAGUUUGCUGCUUGACUGAAUAGAACUGGAAUAAGAAAAAAGAAGACAAGCAACAUUUUAUUACAAGCACACCUAGAAGAGGAUCCGGUUAUGGCUGUGCAACUCAUCCCUGAAUCAGCAGUGUGUUUGCUCAUGAUGACAGAGGGAAGGCGAUGUCAGGUCCAUCUUUUGGAUGACAGGAAGCUGGAACUCCUCGUACAGCCCAAACUGAUGGCGAAGGAUUUGCUGGACCUCGUGGCCUCUCACUUUAACCUCAAGGAAAAAGAGUACUUUGGAAUUGCAUACGUAGAUGAAACGGGCCACUUCAGUUGGCUGCAACUGGACCGCAGAGUGUUAGAGCAUGAAUUCCCUAAGAAGUCUGGUCCCAUUGUGCUCUACUUCAGUGUCAGGUUUUACAUCGAGAGUAUAUCUUAUCUCAAGGACAAUGCUACAAUUGAGCUGUUCUUUCUUAAUGCCAAGUCUAUCAUAUUCAAGGAGCUGAUUGAAGUAGACAGUGAUGUUGUCUUUGAGCUGGCCUCCUAUAUCCUACAAGAGGCAAAAGGGGAUUUUACCAGCAAUGAUGCAACCAGGUCUGACCUGAAGAAGCUGCCUGCUCUGCCCACUCAGGCCUUAAAGGAGCAUCCUUCUCUGGCUUACUGUGAAGACAGGGUCAUAGAGCAUUACAAGAAGCUCAGUGGGCAGUCGAGGGGGCAGGCUAUCGUAAAUUAUAUGAGCAUUGUUGAGUCUUUGCCCACAUAUGGAGUACAUUACUAUGCUGUAAAGGACAAGCAAGGGAUCCCUUGGUGGUUGGGUCUGAGCUAUAAAGGCAUCUUUCAGUACGACUACCAAGACAAAGUGAAACCGAGAAAGGUGUUCCAAUGGCGUCAGCUGGAGAACCUUUACUUCAGAGAGAAGAAGUUUUCAGUGGAAGUUCAUGACCCCAGGAGUAGGGCGUCGGUAACGAGAAGGACGUUUGGUCACAGUGGCAUUGCUGUGCAUACCUGGUACGCCUGUCCCGCCCUCAUCAAGUCCAUCUGGGCCAUGGCUAUUAGCCAACACCAGUUCUACCUGGACCGCAAGCAGAGCAAGUCAAAGAUCCACGCUGCACGGAGUUUAAGCGAGAUCGCCAUAGAUCUUACAGAAACAGGAACUUUGAAGACGUCCAAGCUGGCCAACAUGGGCAGCAAGGGAAAGAUUAUCAGUGGCAGCAGCGGCAGCCUUCUUUCAUCAGGUUCUCAGGAAUCGGACAGCUCCCAGACAGCUAAAAAGGACAUGCUGGCAGCACUGAGGGCCAGGCAGGAAGCUUUGGAGGAAACGCUCAAACAGCGACUAGAGGAACUCAAGAGCAUCUGUAUCAGAGAAGCGGAACUAACAGGGAAGCUCCCAAAGGAAUAUCCUUUAGAUCCAGGGGAGGAGCCUCCCACAGUGAGGAGGAAGAUCGGAACCGCCUUUAAAUUGGAUGAGCAGAAAAUUCUACCUAAGGGAGAGGAAGAGGAGCUGGAGCGCUUGGAGCGCGAGUUUGCCAUUCAGUCUCAGAUUACGGAAGCAGCCAGGCGUCUCGCCAGCGAUCCUCACGUGAGCAGCAAGAAGCUGAAGAAACAGAGGAAGACGUCUUAUCUGAACGCUUUGAAAAAGCUCCAGGAAAUUGAAAACUCCAUCAAUGAGUACCGUGUCCGCUCAGGCAAGAAACCAACACAGAGGGCGUCCCUUAUCAUCGAAGAAGCCAACAUUUGUUCUGAAGACAGCUCAUUAUCAGAUGCAUUGGUUUUAGAUGAUGCUUUCUUUUGCCCCCUUGUUUUAGAUGAUCCUCAAGUCACAGGUACCCCAACCUUCUCUCCGGUAGCAUCUCCCCACAAGGGCCUCCCUCCCAGACCGCCAUCUCAUAGCCGGCCCCCACCCCCGCAGUCUCUGGACGGCCUGCGACAUAUGCACUACACGCGCUCAGACUAUGAUAAAUCUCCCAUUAAGCCAAAAAUGUGGAGCGAAUCCUCACUGGAUGAGCCGUAUGAAAAAGUCAAAAAGCGCUCAUCUCACUCCAGUCACAGACGUUUUCCAAGUUCGGGGAGUGCUGACGCAGGGGGUAGUAACUCUCUUCAGAACAGCCCCAUCAGGAACAUGCCCCACUGGAACUCUCAGUCCAGCAUGCCAUCAACCCCAGACAUGAAAGUCAGAACUCCACACUAUGUACAUUCCACCAGGUCAGUGGACAUCAGUCCCACACGUCUGCACAGUCUCUCUCAGCACUUUAGGAACCGCAGCUCCAGCCUUGAGUCUCAGGGUAAACUGCUAGUAUCUGAUCCGGACGCUCACCCGCACACUCUGGGCAGUCCUGACUUCUUCCUCGGUCCAGGACGCAGCUCCAAUGGUUCUGACCCAUUGGACGACUGUUCAUCCUGCACCAGCCAAAGCAGCUCAGAGCAUUACUACCCAUCUGGGGGGGGCCCUGGGAGCAACCCCAACUACUCCACUUUGGGAGAAGACUCGCCCUCUAAAGCGAGGCAGAGGCAGCGUCAGAGGCACAGAUCUGCAGGUCAUUUAGGUUCUUCGAACUCGGGCUCUAUGCCAAACCUGGCAGCUAAAAACGGUUCUGUUGGAGGAUCAGGAGGAGGUGGGAUAGGAGGCGGGCACCAUGGCGUCUACCUUCACAGCCAGAGCCAGCCCUCCUCGCAGUACCGGAUCAAAGAAUACCCUCUGUACGUGGAGGGCAGCCCCAACCCGGUGGUGGUGCGCAGCCUGGAGAGCGACCAGGAGGGCCACUACAGCGUCAAAGCUCAGUUCAAGACCUCCAGUUCCUACACGGCCGGAGGACUGUACAAAGAGGCGUGGGGGGGAGGGGAGGAGGGAGGCGAGGGGAGCGGCCGCCUCACGCCGUCACGCUCACAGAUCGUACGGACUCCGUCAUUGGGGAGAGACGGUAGUGGUGGUGGAGGGGGGAGGGCAGCCGUGUCUGAGGAGUUACGGUGUUGGUACCAGAGAUCCUCGGGGAGCCUGAAGGAAAGGAGCCACUCGCAUUCAGGAUCCACCUCCUCUGAGACUGGGUCGCAGCAAGGCACUCUGGGACAUGGUCGAGGGAGUCGCGUUGGGACUCUCAUCAAGGGCUCACCAGCUGCAUCCCCGCACAGUCAGCGAAGUAUGACGCCCUCCAGCGAGCAUGCAGCCACACCCACACCGCCCUGCAGUCCACAGCACAUCCUCAACUGGAAGGGCGGGUCUUUCAGUGACAGUUGUUUUCUCAGCAGCCCCCUGUGUUCAGAACUGGCAGAUGUGCAGUGGUACGGACAAGACAAGGCCAAACCCGGAACUCUGGUCUGACACCUUCCUACAGCGCCUAGAAAAAGAAAAAAAACUCAUUGUCCUUUCCUACUGCCUCCUCACUGUCCCUCACUACUCUCAUCAAAACCUCAUCCUUGAAGCCCCAUCUCUGCAUUCUGCCCUCAGCUGGACAGCAGGCUCUAAGGACUGAAAAAGAGCCCCUUCAACCAUCUCCCUACUGCACAACGCCACCCUUUCUGAAGCACACCGACCAAGGGACAUCAGGAUGAGAGGAGGAGAGAACAGAGCACAGCGGAAUAUCAGACCGGUUCCUCACACAUCUGACCUGUUACAUAUCACAUCUCGUAGCACUUAGACAACAACAGUGCACUCCCACCCCGUCAGAAGACACUUGCUGGAUUUGAGCCACCUCUUUCAAACCGAUUUAUUGGCCCCGAUGAACUCUGCUGCAUUUCCAUGUUACCAUUCCCAUUGUUCGUCUUUUGUCUUGAGUUGUCCAUUCGUUCUUAUCAAAGAGAUGACGCCCGUCAGCUUAAUGCACCUGCAAACGCAGCUGCUGGAUCAGCAGGGCAUGCCUCUGUUAGUGGGCUUUGACUUCACUGACUUCACAGAUUCAAAGGAACAUAAUCAGGACGCCGACGAAGAUACAGACCAGGACUUUAGCAUUAACAAACGCCGUCCAGUUAUGGAAACUGGUCUUCUUGUUCAAACUGGUUUGUCUGCAUCUUUUUGAGCAGCACUUGCAGAUUUGGGAGAUUUUUUUUUGUCACUUUAAAAUUCUGUUUAUCACAAGGUCAUCAGUCCUGAAUGUUUGGAGCCACGAUCCAGAUCAUCACUGCUAGAGUAACAUCUCAUUAAAACAGAAGCUUUUUUUUAGCUGCAGGUUGUGUUGUCAUGACAACUAACCUCUCUGAGUCGUUUUAACUCUUAUCUCAACUCUAUCUUCUUCAGUUUUGGCUCCAAAUUGGCAUUCCCCUUAAAUCAGGACUCUUCCAACGCCCAUCACUGAAAUGUAACAAGAGAAUUUCCAUUCACCAUCUCCAAACUCACAGUAGUUCUGUAAAUUCGCACCACGACAAACAUAUUCUCUGUCCCGGCCAGAAGCUUAAGCCAUAAACAACAUCUAAAGGACCCUCGGUUAAACUGGGGUAGAGCACAAAAUGAUCAGCCAAUUGAGGGCUGGAAAUGCAAUUAGGUUACUAGUAAUUAGUUUUGAAUUUGCUAGUAAUUGCUUGAAUCCAGACAUUUAUGAAAACUGUGGAGCAAACCUUUAAAUUGAGUUUUAUUGCCACACACAUCCCAGUCACUCCUCUGGUGAUCAGAACAGGGUUAAGAAGCACAUCUGGUUUUGUAUGAAGCUGGUUGGUCUUUUGUGUCUUAUUAUUCUUUAUCUGAAGUGACUGAUGUACAAAAAGGCUUAUUUUUGACCAUUUGAAAACACACUUUCUAUCACAUUUAUAGAUUUUCCCUGAUGUUCGGCUGUGGAGGAGUGGUACUGAUCUGAGCCCGUACGUCACGCUGUGUUGUCGUUUAUCCACACGUUCAACCAUCUCUUGUAGUUGAGGUAUUUGUCACCUCUGUCUUCAUGGUGGGUUCUCCAGAAGUCAAUCAUGUUCAGAUAAAGUCUCUAAAAACCCGUAGCUACUAUCAAUAUGAAUUUAUCGCUGUAUUUAUUGCAAAUAAAACUCUUUUCCUAUAAAUUCUUUACCUGCUAGUUGUGUGCUAAAGAACACAAUCUUAUGCAUGUCCUUCUAACAAAUGACCCCAAAGACAAAUGUUCAAAUUUAUCUCACGUUGAUCCACUUUAGAUCUUGUUACGACCUUUUGUGAACCUUCUGUCCUCACUCAUCUGCUGCAUCAGCGUUUGAGGGGGGGGGGCGCUGUUGCAUUUUGUGUGUUCUUUUAAGCAUUCCCAUUCCUUGUUUUCAAACCAGGGAGACCUUUUUGUCCGGGUUUUGACACUAAAACAACUUUUCCAGGUGCUACAAGAUGACCAGUUACUGCUUUUGUCAUUUUAGGGGUUAGACAUUUCUUCAUUAUUACCAAUAGAUCCAAUACCAGAUGUGCAAAAUGAAGCUUAUUUUAACAGGCGGUUUAAUAGUAGACAACCAACCCCAUAGCGCAUGUAACUCCGUUUUUAUCAGUUCUCUUCAACUGUAACAAAACAUUUAAGGUGUUGUAGACAAAAAAUGUGGGCUUGAAAAAAAAAACAAAUUUCCACAGUUAAUUUAUUCUUUUUUCUAUUAAAAAUUUGUAUAGUAACUUUACAUUUUACAAAACUGUGUUGUUGGAAAUUGAUGAUGAAUUUUCAUGAUGAGAAGCCGUGGUGGUUCUUGAGAGUAAGAAAAUAAAUUAUUGAUGAAUGUUCUCAAGA